UUUUUUUCUUCUUUCCUUCGAGUGGCCGCCGCGUCGGAGUGCGAAGCCGGCGGCAUCAUUCGCGCGCCGGGGCGCGUGGUAUCCAACAACGCGCGAGUCCGCUGCAGCCAGACGUAACCCAAGACGCAGAGAAGUCCAGUCCAUAAACAUUAUCAGGUACACCUCGGUGCGCGCGCUAAAAACGCCGCUCCCUCCCUUGUUCGUGCUGCAGGCAACGAUGGCACGGUGGAGGAGGACGCACAGCUGGCGGCCGUACAGGAGCACGACGACGUGCGUAAGCCUAACGUGGCGGCCAACCAGGUCGUAACCGUCUUCCAGACGACCACGUUUGCGAGAGGCGGUCCUCUAGGUGUACAACACGGCCUCUACUUCUGGAAGUCUGCAAAACCAGUCUGCGUGCUCUUCACUACUGGAAGUCUGCAAGACGAGUCUUCUGAAGGGAGUUCCUCGGAGGGUGGUUUCCAGGAGUAGUCUUGAUGAGGUGUCUCCCAGGGUCCUUGACCCGAUGAACUGUGUUGUGAAGGUACAAUAGCCUCGGGCUGUAAGGUGCAGGAGGAGAUUCGAAGUGCCUAGUUAGGAUUAGACAAAAUAAAAUAAAAAGUCCGCUUGGAUUUAGAGGAAAAAGAGGUGAUGCGGACUUUCGUGGGGAGUGAGGUCGAGUCGCCAUGACUUCGAGGACUUUGGUCGUUGUGACCCUUCUAGUCAUCUUCGUACUUCUGGUCGGAGCCGUUCGGUCCAAAAAGAACGGCCAUGUCAAGAAAGGAAAGAUCUGCAUCGGGACCAACGGUCGCAUGUCGGUUCCGUCGAACCGCGAGCACCACUACCAGAACCUCAGGGACCGGUAUACCAACUGCACCUACGUGGACGGGAACCUGGAGCUGACAUGGCUUCAGAACAAGAGCCUGGACCUGAGCUUCCUGCGGGACAUCCGCGAGGUGACCGGCUACGUGCUCAUCUCGCACGUGGACGUCCAGCGCAUCCUCCUGCCGAGCCUGAUGAUUGUGCGCGGCCGCAACCUUUUCAAGCUCAACGUCCACGACGAAGAGUUUGCCCUCAUUGUCACCCUGAGCAAGAUGGACAACCUGGAGCUGCCCGCACUGCGCGAUAUCCUGCGUGGCAACGUGGGCUUUUUCAACAACUACAAUCUGUGCCACGUGCGGGGUGUCCAGUGGGACGAGAUCCUCUCCGGACCACCGGCCCACAUGGUCUACGUGUACAAUUUCACCCAGCCUGAGCGGACCUGCCCGCCCUGCGACGCGUCCUGCCGCGGGGGUCACUGCUGGGGUGAGGGUCCGCACAACUGCCAGAAGUUCUCCAAGGUGAACUGCUCGCCGCAGUGCCACCAGGGGCGCUGCUUCGGGCCGGAGCCCCGGGAGUGCUGCCACCUGUUCUGCGCGGGCGGCUGCGUGGGGCCUAAGCAGAGUGACUGCCUGGCCUGCCAGAACUUCUACGAUGACGGGGUGUGCAAGCAGGAGUGCCCGCCCAUGAUGCGCUACAACCCCAACACCUACUCGUGGGAGGACAACCCGGACGGCAAGUACGCCUACGGGGCCACCUGCGUCCGGGACUGCCCCGAGCACCUGCUGCGGGACAGCGGCGCCUGCGUUCGCAACUGCCCGCCCAACAAGAAGGCCCAGCACGGGGAGUGCGUGCCCUGCGACGGGCCCUGCCCAAAGAACUGCCAAGGUGUGAACAUUGUCAACUCCAUCAACAUUGAGUUAUUCCGUGGAUGCACCAUCAUCGAGGGCUCCCUCACCAUUCUGGACUCGACGUUCAAUGGAUUCCAGGAGGUCUACGCAGACUUUUCGUUUGGACCACGCUACGAAGAAAUGGACCCCAGCAAGUUGGAGGUGUUUAGCACGCUGAAAGAAGUCACGGGCUACGUGAACAUCCAGGCGUCUCACCCAAACUUCACCUCCCUGUCCUAUUUUCGGAACCUCGAGGUCAUUGGUGGAAGGACGCUGACCGAUGGGAUCCACGGUCACUUAAUUUCUCAUCUUGUGUACGAAUCCAAGGGAAAUGACAGGUACUUUGCCGCGCUCUACAUAGUCAAGAGUUCCCUGAAGUCGCUCAACCUGCGGAGCCUGAACAAGAUCCGCUCUGGAAGCGUGGCCAUCUUGGAGAACAAGGACCUCUGCUUCGCCGACAGCGUGGACUGGUACCAAGUGAUGAAGUCGAGCGCCCACAACAUCCUUCUCCAGAGGAACGCCAACCGGACAGACUGUGAGGCCCAGAAUCUGGUCUGCCACUCGCAAUGUUCGACGAGCGGUUGUUGGGGUCCGGCGCCGAAUGAGUGCCUUUCAUGCAAGUCGUAUCGUCUGGAGGACACGUGCAUCGAGAAGUGCGACACCUCCAAAGGGAUUUACGACAAUGGGAACUACGUCUGUAAACACUGUCACGAGGAGUGCCUGGGAGAAUGCUAUGGCCCCGGUGCCAACAACUGUACCCAGUGCCGCCAUGUUCGGGACGGCCCCUACUGUGUCAGGGAGUGCCCGGACACAAAGUACAACCAGUCCGGGGAGUGCAUGCCUUGCCACGAGAACUGCAUUGGAGGGUGCACCGGUCCGAACAACACUGUGGGGCCCGGGGCUUGCAAUUCCUGCGAGAAGGCCAUCGUCAGCGCCUACGAUCCCAACGUCGUGGAGCAGUGUCUGAAGGCAGAGGAACCUUGUCCCGAGAGUUUCUACCACGAAUAUUUCGGACCACAAGAGGAGGGAGCGCUCAAGUCACUCACCGGGAAAUCGGUGUGCCGCAAGUGCCACCAGCGCUGCAAGAACUGCACAGCCUACUCGAUCCACGUGUCUGUGUGCGAGUGCCUGCACUACAGCAGCGGGGAGCAGUGCGAGGACCGCUGCCAGCGGGACCACUUCCCGGACGAGGCAAACCGUCGCUGCCUGCGCUGCCACGACGAGUGCCGGGGCUGCACGGGCCCCACCGCCGCACACUGCACCCACUGCCGGAACUUCCGCAUCUACGACUCGGAGAACCGCACCACGUUCAACUGCACCGCAACCUGCCCGCCCGAGAAACCGUACAAGGUGUUUGACGACACGACGACCAAGGAUCCACACUGCUCCGACGAAGACCCCAACCAGAUGGCGCUGCACGGAAGAACGGAAGAGGACCACCUGCCUGCCAUUCUCGCCAGCGCCGGUGGCUGCAUUCUGCUCCUGGGCGUCUUCCUCGCCGUCUUCAGCUACCACUGGGUUCAGCGAGCCAAGACGAAAGAGAACACGAUGAAGAUGACCAUGCGCAUGAGUGGAUUCGAAGACAACGAACCCUUGAAACCGACGGACAUCAAGCCGAACCUGGCUCAACUUCGGAUCGUGAAGGAGGCGGAGCUUCGCAAAGGCGGAAUUCUCGGCUACGGAGCGUUUGGAACAGUCUACAAGGGUGUCUGGGUGCCCGAGGGAGAGAACGUCAGGAUACCGGUGGCCAUUAAAGUCCUGCGAGAGGGCACUGCUCCGAACACCAACAAGGAGUUUCUGGAGGAGGCAUACAUCAUGGCGAGUGUGGACCACCCGAACGUGCUGAAGCUGCUGGCGGUGUGCCUGACGUCGCAGCUGAUGCUGGUGACGCAGCUGAUGCCGCUGGGCUGCCUCCUCGACUACGUCCGCAACAACAAGGACAAGAUAGGCUCCAAGCCUCUCCUCAACUGGUGCACUCAGAUAGCCAGGGGAAUGGCCUACUUAGAAGAGAAACGCAUGGUGCACAGAGACCUGGCUCUCCGCAACGUGCUCCUGCAAACUCCGGGUUGCGUCAAAAUCACCGACUUUGGUCUCGCCAAGCUUCUCGACAACAACGAGUUUGAAUACAAGGCGGCUGGCGGCAAGAUGCCCAUCAAGUGGCUUGCUCUUGAGUGCAUCCAACACCGCAUUUUCACCCACAAGAGUGAUGUCUGGGCUUUUGGUGUGACUGUCUGGGAGCUGCUGACGUACGGAAUGCGUCCCUACGAGAACGUCUCGGCUCGUGACGUCCCUGAUCUGCUGGAGAAGGGAGAGCGGCUCAACCAGCCCUCCAUCUGCACAAUCGACGUCUACAUGAUCAUGAUCAAGUGCUGGAUGCUGGACGCGGGCUCGCGGCCCUCGUUCAAGGAGCUGGCAGAGGAGUUUGCCAAGAUGGCGCGGGAUCCCGGGCGCUACCUGGUGGUCUCCGGGGACAAGUUGAUGCGGCUGCCCAGCUACACCCCGCAGGACGAGAAGGAGCUCAUCCGCAACCUCAGCAUGCCCAUGGAGGGCCCCGAGGUCAUCAUGGACGCGGAGGAGUACCUCCAGCCCACCAGGGCACAGCUGCCCUUGGCCAUGGCUCCCGUCGACCAGGCCCCGCCGCCCACCCCCAUCAAGAAAUUCAUGGACGACCGUGGGUUCGAAGAGGACCCCAGCGUGGGCUUGCCCAACCCCGCCGAGUUCUUCCCAUCGGGGAUGAUGGUGGGGGCGGUGCACCCGGAGACGAUGAAUGGCGGCUGCCACGGCAACCACGCCCGCGGCCGGGAGAACAGCCUGAACCAGCGCUACUGCUCCGACCCACUCAAGCUACUGGGAAAGGACGCCGAGGAAGGCGACGACGACGCAUUCCUGCACAACGCGGCAACACUGCCCAAGGGCGCCAAGCCAGGCGACAUGAGGAUGUCGCUGCCGGUAGACGAGGACGACUACCUCAUGCCCUCACCAAGAUCCCGGGGACUUUCCACCACCUACAUGGACCUCAUUGGCGACAACCGUUACUCCAACGGUUCGGACCAGCUAGACCACUGCAGACCGCAGGACUACAACCACUUUAUUCCGGACUUCGUGCCGCAGAGCAAUGGCCAGUUGCAUGGCGUGGACAAUAUAGAGUACCACUUGAUGAACCGCACGCCAGGGGGUGCCCCGAACCACGACCCCCCGCGCGACCCCAGACACCACUACGUCAACACGUGCCCGCUGGGAUCGCCACUGGGCUCGCCGACGGUUGUCCAACCACCACUGCCGCAGCCGCAGCCACAGCCGGGAGGAGUCGCGACCCGGAAACAGAACAGUUCCGACGAGGACACCGACGACCACGAGUAUUACAACGACUACGAUCGGCUCAAGAGGGAGCUUCAGCCGUUGAACCAUCGUAGCCGAAGUGAGACGACGGUCUAGUAAUCCCGGUUUGGAAGAAGUCUAGUUUUGUGUCAAGGCGUCGGUGCACACAACCCCGGGUGCGACGGACUCGCCCAUGCGGCGAUGCGGGAAAAUUGUUGGGGCGCCAGAUAUGCGGACGGUGGAAGGAAGCGAUUGCUUGGAUUGCGACGGCUGCGGGAGUGGCUUAAGACAGAAUCGCAGGAAUCCGGUCGCAACCUAUCGGCGAAUUAAAUGCUCGGCGACGAUCGGCCUCGCCGGCUUACGAGGUACACGUCGAAAUGCGUGCCGACUACCGAAUUAGCUUGGCCUCAGCGCGCCACCCGGUAGCCAGCGCCGAAGGAGAACAGACGAAUUCGCUGAUCAUCGCUUUAGUCUAGUUGCUAGCUCGACUCGAGAAGCAGUGCCCGAAAUGGGAGUCCCAGAGGGAAAAGAGGAUUGUUUCAAUCUAAGCAGCUGGAACUCUGCACGAAUCAAGUACAAGCAGCGGUCACACCCCAAACACCUUCGCUUCGAGCCAACUUGCCACAUCAUCCCCCACCUAGAACCCGGUCUCAAAUGGUGAAUGUCGGCGACGCGUCGGGGUGGACAGACAGUCGGGGUGGACUCGGGAAACUCUGGCUCAGGAGUGCCGAUCUUUGGACAUUGGCCCCGGAAUACCCGGCCCGGCGAAGUGCCGAUCUCUUGUCCCCGGCUCGAAAAAAUCCGGCCCGGCAAAGUGCCCGUCGUUCGUCGUGGGGUCCAGAAUGUCCGGCCCAGGAAAGUGCCGAAGUUUCGGCACGGGAGCGAGCUCCUUGAAAGUGCUUUGUUGAUGGACUUCCUCGUUGGGGGGCCUGAAGCGUGGUUCAGGCAUUAUUUAUUAUCGCUGAACACCAUAGGAAGGACUGUGUUGGACUGAAGCGAGACGACUCUGAGCCUUUCUCGGAGAAUGUGGUCUGCUCCCUGAAAGCAGAAGUGUUCAGUGGUGUAAAUAGUAUACAUAGGUGCUUGGUAUAUGCAGCAGUGUGAAUAAUGUGCCCGGAUAUGUUGCCAGCCUUAAAACGGCGAGCGUGCUUCGCUCGAUUUUAAGUUGUGCAGGGUCGUCCCGUGUUCAAUCUUGCCCUCUUACUCUGCCUUACACUUUUUGCGGUUUUUGUGCCUGCAUGGCACAUUUUUUGUGGGUUGUGCUUUUUAACUGGCUCGAUUAUUUUCAUGCCUUUUCUCGGUCAGCUUCUCAGUAUUAAGACUCUUGCGUGCGUGCCAUAUAAUGAUGCAGUGGAUACUGCGAAUUGAGGACAUGUUGGAAACUGCUGAGACGACGGAAUGAUUCAUGUUUUGCUCAUAAUGAAGUUACAUGACCCAGUGAAAAGCUUCAACAUUGAGCGAAGAAAUAGGUAUUGAAAGACUCUUUUCUUUGCAAUAUAUAGAAUAAAUUAUGCUGCGAGCGAUCAUUUCUUUAAAAUAUUUUGAAGGUGGCAUCUAUUUUGUUCAUUUCGUUUAUUUUGAUUAUUUUAAGACAAUAGAAAUUGGGCAAUGAAAGUAGCAUAGACAAGGUUUUAAGUUGUAGUGCUAUAUUUGAUACGCUUUAGUGGUAUGUUAGUGAUAUUUGAUGCCCUUUUGUUAGUUUACACCAUUUAAAUUCAGCAAACCUGAAAAAGAUAUUGGAGUAAAAGCAGUGUUGCUUUUCAGUUUGAGCUGGUACUGUAAGAAGUUUGCUUUUGUGUGCUGAUGCUUCAGAUAUUACUUGCCAGCUAGAGAAAAAAGUGGUGGUGAUUGUGCCAUAGGCAAACAGUUUUGACCAAGUUCACAUAUUUUUCCUUAAUUGUGGUUGGGAUCGUCCAAAGUGUGUUUUGCCUUGAAGGGCCUCUGAGAACAAACUCAAGCUAACAGUUCUGCUUGAUUCACUCAAGUGGUUGUGAUGGUGAUUGCAUUUCCCUCAAAAAACGAUGCUCAGACUGACACUAUUUUUAACAAUGAUCGAGGUUGAUGAAAAAGAAGUGACUGCAGCUGCUGCAUAUCAAGAAAGAACUGACCGAUUCUCGAUGAUGAAGCACUUUUUCGAAUUUAAUUUAUUUUUUAGAUUUGUUGCCUAGAGUAGGAGACUCAAAUGAAAGCGUCAAGUCUUUGGUUGUUGCAAUACUGCAUACCGCAUAUCUAUUUUUAUAGACCCUCUCAUGCCUGUACAUACUUCCGAUGCAUUGUUCACACAUUCUGCAGUCUUUUACUCGAGCAUAGUCCUUUUUUUCCUCUGUCAUAAAGCAUGAUUACCUAGGUGCAUAUAACAGCAUCAUGUAUCUAUUGUACAAAAUACAUUGUCUCUACACUAUCUACAUUUUACACCUUUUUUCUCUCGAGUCUACGUGCUUGUGCCCCGAUUUUUACUGAGAGCAAUUUGUUGAAGCGUGUCCGUAUGACAAAUAUGCCUUUACUACAAAUGAGAAAUCAUUUUCUUUUUUAAAGAGAUGUAUUGCUUUACGGUACAUUAAUAAAACUACUGGACUGAA